AUAGGAUGUCCUGCCUCUCUCUCUCUCUCUCCCUCCCACUCCCUCUCUCUCACAUUGUGUUUACAACCUUGGAGAGCGUUGCAUAUCUGACAUUUCUCUCUCAAACUCCAACCGGCUCUGUUCUCAUCUGAAAGUAGCAGAAAGAAGACGAGAAGAGAAGAGGUAUCUGAUCUUGUUGUGUAACCAGAACUGAAGCACUUCAUGCUGGACUGCUUCAAACAGCUGACCUGAGCUCAUCUCCAGACAACCAGCAGCAGUCCGAUUCCCUGAUUCCACCUCUUCAAAGCAGCCUGACCAGCUCAGUCCGGCUCUACUCAGGCCCAGCAGCCUGAUCGAACUCUCUUCUCUCAUAAUCCAGCCAAGAUCAAGAUCUAACCAGUCCCCAUGGAGCGUGUUCAGCACAUGACCAAGUCGGCCAUCCGCCGAGCGUCUCAGAUCGAGGUGAAUCCACAAGCCAAGAGGAACCUGCAGGAGCUGUUCGUCAACUUCACCCUCAUCCUCAUCUGCCUGCUCCUCAUUUACAUCAUCGUCCUGCUGAGCAGCUGAGGACGGCAGAGACGUCCACAGAGAGAGUCUGGCAUGGCUGUGCUGUGGACGAGGGUUUGGCUGAGAUAUGGGCUUUACUCAUACAGAUCAGAUUUCUAAUAAAGCAAUAAUACCAUCCCCAUAUAUCAGCCUAACCCUGUUUGACAACAGCUGUGAAGGAUCAUGGAGGUCAAACAAAUCCAUGUGAAAACAAUAAUGGCCAAACACUCUCAAAUUGUUCCUGUCAGAGCUGAUCAGGGAUCAGCUUCCCUGCCUCUGUGUCUCAAGGGAAUGAUCAUAAGUGACCCGACUUCAACAGUUUAAACUUCACUGAUACACUGUAUGUAUGUAUAUGUGCCUCCUGCUCCACACUCUUAAAAAAUGUCUCUUGCUUGAUUAAUAACAGGUGCAAUGUGUAUAAUACUGAGAUAUCAAUACAUCACUACUGUUCAUUUUCAAUUUCCCAUGAGUCCUAUUGCUUCCUGCAGCCCCCCAAACACCACCAUCCCCAGGAGAAAAAUAAACAUGCUGGAAAUUAUUCUUUUCCCAUUUGCAUUUUAAUUUCCUCCUCCACCUGCCACUGCCAGAGACCAAAGGCAGUAAAAACAUGGCUGUAGUGUCUGUGACAUCAGGUUUCUGUAUUUUGAAACCUCAAUGCAGCAAUUGUGGCAGCCUAAAAAUCCAAAUUUGGCAAAAAGAAACUGGGACAGGAAAGCAGCAAACACUGUGGCUGAGUGUGAGAAGCUGAGGCACCUGUCAAUUAAGUAAACACACCGAGCGUGAAGUCCCUUUUAUUAUCAGUAUGACAGAUGGCCAAGUGUGUUAGAAUCUAGUAUGACGGUAGCAGGUCUGAUAUGACACUCAGUGUGACCGAUUAUUAUAUAACAUAUAACACUUGACAUCAUACUUAGAGAUUAUUCUAAGUACUGUGAGCCUGUAAAGUAUGUUAAUAAGACUGAGAGCAUCUUCAACCUUCUAAGCAUUUUGCUCUGAGGGGCAACAUUUCACUCCUACAAUCCACUAUGUUAAGUAUGGACUACUUUACUUGGGCCUAGAGGUCAAUGUACAUUUGAGUUUUAAACACACACACACACACACACACACAGCUUCUGGUAUACUGCAGGCCUGACAUAUAUAGUACAUGCAGUUUAUUAGUCGUGAAGAAGACUUCACUUUGCAUGGUGUGAUUUCACUUAAUGACUUUUUUUUUGUUUAUGCCAUUCAGUUUUGAAUUAUUCCUGACUAAUAUGAAAAUUUUUGGUGUAUUAUAGCAUGUGCCCUGAUUGUAGCAGCAAGAGUGUAUAAAAACAAACUGUAAAGUCAGAUUCCUAAAUCUGAAGUGCAUAAUAAAAUCCUCAAGAAUGUAUUAUAUGAUCACACAUAUCAGGAAUUUUACAACUUACCAGCCACAUUUACAUAUAAUGUAUCUUCAUGAUAUUUGCCAGGACUGAGAAUGUGUUAAUAUAAAUCACAAUUACAUUUGGGAUUAGAAAAUUAUUGAAAAUAAAUUGCACUUUUGUUCUUCUGUGUAUGUUUGGAAGACUGUACCAUGCACCUGACUUUUAAACUAUGGAAGAAAUUGCAUGUCAAUAAAAUUAAAGUGGCUUCUCCUG